AUGACGCCACCGGCCCCCGCCGACUCCCCGUUCAACCCCACAAUCACCGUACCCGCGACCGAAGACUGCGGCGAACCACCGGCCAAGCGGAGAAAGACGCAGGCUUGUUCACAAGUGUCAUCGGCGAAAGAUACGAGUUCAGAUCAUCAUCUUCUUCACCAUCCCGCGACGCACACACCCCUAGCAAGGCUGGGUGACAUCGCGUUGUUGGAGGAGCGCAUAUCGCGUCUCGAAGAGACCGACGCUCGUCUUCAGGUGGUCGUCGAUAAUCGGAACAAUCAUGUCCAACACAGCUAUGCGCAAGAGCCGUCGCUACCAUCAUCGUUGCCUCGCGCGCAUGAAGCGUCUCAUACACAUCACCACGCAGGCAAAUACUAUCACCACCGACGCAGAGUCUCAUUCGCAUCAGGGCCGGGAAUUGGACUAGAAGCUUCUCUCUCAAGGAGCUCGCCCGCCACCGGCCUCUUGGCUACCUUUGCUCGCUCAGAGGAAGACAACCCACCACCGCAAACACUACCUAAUCCAGCAGUCCACGAUGGCGGCAACACCGCACGUAGACCCGACCAGGAGAUCCCCCUCGACACCGCAACAGAAACCUCCCUCUUCGACGAGACCAAAGUCCACUGCCGCUACCCCUUCCUCCGCCUCGACGACUUCCGCAACCCAGCAAGCCGGCCGAGAGAAGCAUGGGCAUCCUACCUCACUACCAUCAUCUUCUCCAUAGGCCUCCUCCUCGAGAAAACCUUCCCGUCAUCAUGUCCAUCAGGAAAGCCUUUCUCCUCCUAG